UGAACACUUACAAAAUCAGCUAAUGUCAUGAGGAAAAUAUCAUUUUAGAAUAAUGCAGCAGAUUUCAUGCUGACGCCCAGUGAUUUGAUCAUUCAUUCUGCUGGGAGGUGAAUCGAUGCCCAGCUAUGUGGCCCGUACUGUGGACUGCGCUGCGGACCUACGCGCCUUAUGUCACCUUCCCUGUGGCUUUCGUGGUGGGCGCAGUGGGCUACAACCUGGAAUGGUUUAUUCGGGGGACUCCUAAACCUCGAGAGGAAGAGAAGAGCAUAUUUGAACUGAGAGAGGAGAGGAAGCUGCAGGAGCAGGCGGGCAAAGACAGCACCCAGGUGCUCAGCCUGAAAGAGAAGCAGGAGUUCACACCUAAAGCGGCGCUGAACAGGAACCGACCUGAGAAGAGCUAACUCGUGUCAGACUUGUUUUUGCGGUUUCUCAGAAGGACGAUAGUGCACUUUAAGCAGACGGGGCCAUCUGCAGGACAGUGUCACCUCUGGUUGUGAUCACCUCACCUAAAGACUGAAUCCUGCCUGGAUGAGCAUUUCUGUCGCCAUUUAAAAACCUGUUUAAAACUCAAUUAACCUUAGAUACGGUGAUGAGAUUCCACUGUUAGUGCUGCACAUCUGUCUAUUCCAAUGCACAUCAAGGAUGACUCUGUUCAGUGUGCUUUGGAGUUAUAGUGUCACAAACGACCUCAACGAAUAUCAUUUUAAACUUGACUCAAACGGUCUUUUCUGUAUUUUCACAGGAGAUUGUGAAAGUUAAGACUGACGACUUCCUGUUUGAUGUUUUUGUUUAUUGUAAUGGAUUUUUGAUCUGAUGAUGUUGGAGGUUUCUCAGGAAGGAAAAGCUGCUUAGAAAUGUGCUCAGACUUUUAUUUUGAAAGCGUUGUUAGGAUGCACAUAUAAAUGCAAAUCAUGUCUGUUGUGAAAUUUUCUAAAGAAUAAAGGAAGAUUCAUUUCAUAUGUU